UUCUGGAAUUUGAGUCUGAAAUAUUAUAGUCUAGGUGAUGUUUUAAUGCUUUUCCUUCAUGUAAAUGAUUGUCACCACACACACAGAAACAAGAACGUGGGGUUGGAGAGACUAGACAAGAGGGAUGAGACAAGAAAGAAGAGCCAUUGAGAACGUUGGGAAGAGGUAAUGACAGAGUGCCAGAGAAAAGAGGGCUGGGGGGAGGAAGGUUGAGUUGGGAGGAUAAACCAAAAGAAUCCUUCUAGAUUAAAGCAGGCUGGAAGCUGAACAAUUUUUUAACAUUACUUUCUUAUUUAACAGAUAUAGAAGUAAAGGAUUAGGGGAUGUAAAAAGAUCUUUAAAUAUCACACGAAGGCUUUUCCAAGGUAGUAAGUAUAAAGGAAGCUGAGGUCAGGGAGAGUAGCUGGAAGACUGGGAGAUUAAAAAAAAAAAAUUCUAGAAGUCAGGACUGGAAAUGAGAGACAGAGUGGGAGGUCCAGAGCUGUGGGAGGCACGGCUUGUCAGGGAUGUGCAAUGCGAAUGAGGAAGAGAUUUGUCAGCUGGAAGAGAGAGAGAUUGACUAUAGAGUAUUGAGAAAAAAGUUUGCUGAAAUCAGAGAUUAAACACCAGCUCUGAGAGUCAGAAGCUCUAUCUCCUAGUGAAAUGCUGCUUCUGCCACUUCUAUUGUCAGCAGUUCUCUUCCCAGGUGGUGACAAUGAGCACGGUAAGAGCACCUCCGGCAGCUCCCAGCACAGAAGCAGGGCAUGUGGAUAAAAGUAUGCUGCGCUUACCACUAACAGUCUGGGCCCUCCUGUCUCUAGCACUCUUCUCCUAUUCAGGAGGUUUGGGAGGGAGCCUGAGGCGCUGGGGAAGGCAAAUGUCUCAGGCUCUAUGGUUUCUUCAUAUUCUGGAUUCUUUUUCUUUGGAUCUUUUCAAUUUUCAUUGUUUUUUGUUCCUUUCUCCUUCUUCCUUUCUCCACACUUUUCUUAUCCUUCCACUAUCCACAGCCUUCCAGGGGCCAACUUCUUUCCAUGUCAUCCAGAUCUCAUCCUUCGCCAACAGUACCUGGGCACAAAAUCAAGGCUCAGGCUGGUUGGAUGAUUUGCAGAUCCAUGGCUGGGACAGUGACUCGGGCACUGCCAUCUUCCUGAAGCCCUGGUCCAAGGGAAAUUUCAGUGAUGAGGAGGUGACUGAGCUGGAGGAGCUAUUUCGACUCUAUCUCAUUGGAUUUGUUCGGGAAGUGCAGGACCGUGCCAGUGAAUUCCAGAUGGAAUACCCCUUUGAGAUCCAGGGCAUAGCAGGCUGUGAGCUGCAUUCUGGGGGGACCACAGUAAGCUUCUUGAGGGGUGCUUUAGGAGGACUGGAUUUCCUGAGCAUCAAGAAUGAAUCAUGUGCACCUGCCCCAGAGGGUGGCAGCAGGGCGCAGAAGUUUUGUACACUCAUCUCUCAGUAUCAAGGGAUCGCUGAUAUCGUAAGGAAGCUCCUCUUAGAAACCUGCCCUCGAUAUCUCUUGGGUGUCCUCGAUGCAGGGAAGGCAGAAUUGCAGAGGCAAGUGAAGCCCGAGGCCUGGCUGUCCAGUGGCCCCGCUCCUGGGCCUGGCCAUCUCCUGCUGGUGUGCCACGUCUCAGGAUUCUACCCAAAGCCUGUGUGGGUGAUGUGGAUGCGGGGUGAGCAGGAACAGCCAGGCACUCAGCAAGGUGAUGUCCUGCCCAAUGCUGAUGGGACGUGGUAUCUCCGAGUAACCCUGGAUGUGGCAGCCGGGGAAGCAGCUGGCCUGGCUUGCCGAGUGAGGCACAGCAGUCUAGGAGGCCAGGACAUCAUCCUCUACUGGGGACGUUCCACCUCCAUCGGCUUGAUAGUUUUGGCAAUAAUAGUGCCCUCCUUGAUCCUUUUGAUAUGUUUUGCAUUAUGGUUUUGGAGGCGCUGGUCAUAUCUGAAUAUCCCAUGAGCUCUCAUCAUCUCUCCUUUUACAUUUGGAAUAAGGACCCAGAAGCCCAGAAACUCAAAUUGUCAGCCCAGGAAUCAAUCUCAUCAUAUUUCCUCAAACAAUCAUCGUAUUUGAUCAAAUAAGAGUUCCCAUAGUUUGUAAGGUAGAUCAUAAUUUGUAGGCUAGCAGAAAAAUAAUUAAAAACUGCAAAUUUAUUAUGAGACAGUAUCAGUAGUAGGAUCUACCUAGAUUUUAUACAUGCGAAAUGUGAGAAAGAAUGUGUCUGAGAAUAAAUGAAAU